AUGGCAAUGAUCUCUCGCACACUCACUGACUCUGUCCUCAUUACCACAACACCGAACCGCACAUCCCGGCUCUGGCUCACAAGCUUCAUGAUUAUGUUGUGGCUGACAACACUCCUCCUCCCUCCCAUCACGGAGCCACCACUCAAAAUAGCGAACACGCAACCUCAGCAAAGCAUACACGGGCGGUGGACACUACUGGAGGAAAUUAUACCGCAAGGCUUCCAGCGUCCCCCGAACACCGAUGACGUAGUGGACUCUUCAUACCUGUCUGAGCAUUGGCCUUUUGCGGAAGAGAACAUUUCACAAUUGCGCCUUGACGGCCCUCGCCGGGAUUCACCUCAUAGACCAUCACCUUCGGCAAGCUCUCAACAGAUCCUCCAUCUCACACGCGAUGCGAUGGAAGAUGACGCUGCAGCACGCGGUGUGUCGGCCUCCUUCGAAGAAGUGGUCGCUUCGUUCCGCGCCGUUGCCGUUGUGGGGAAGCAGCAGGAGCAGCGGAUUGCUGCAGCCAAACAAGGGAGGAAAGGAAAGAAAUAUAGGUCAUAG